AUGCCUCAAGAUUUAAGAGUCGUCCUGGAGGAGUGGAAACGUCUGGAAGAAGAGCAUCAACAACUUCUGGAGACACACAGACUGUACUUACAGAAAUUGGAGGAAAUUUCCAAACUACAGAAAAACUGCUCUUCCUCCAUUUCCAGUCAGCGUGGAAGACUGAAGGACGUGUCCCGCCUGGUGAAAAAAUGCAGCAAAGGACCAUCAGAGGAAGAUGCCAAGACUUUGGAUGAAAUAAAUGAGAAGAUAAAGACGCGACCAAAUGCUCUCUCUGAAAUGGAAGCUUUUCUUCCCAAUAAAAACGGGUUGUACCUCAGUCUGGUUCUUGGAAAUGUGAAUGUCACUCUUCUCAGUAAGCAGUCAAAAUUUGGCUACAAAGAUGAAUAUGAGAAGUUCAAGUUGUACCUCACAGUCAUCCUGCUGCUGUUCUCCUUCAUAUGCUAUUUCUUUGCGAGCUACAGAUUCCUUGAUGCAAUCCUCAAUUUCGUGCUGGUGUGGUACUACUGUACGUUAACACUCAGGGAAAGUAUCCUCAUCGUCAACGGCUCCAGAAUCAAAGGCUGGUGGGUUUUCCAUCACUACAUCUCAGCUUUUUUGUCUGGUGUAAUAUUGACAUGGCCAGAUGGGAACCUGUACAAGAUAUUCAGAAACCAGUUCCUUGCCUAUUCCUUGUAUCAAAGUUUUGUUCAGUGUCUGCAGUGCUAUUAUCAGAGCGGAUGUUUGUACAGGCUACGAGCCCUGGGAGAAAGACACAACAUGGAUCUGACCGUGGAGGGAUUUCAGUCGUGGAUGUGGAAAGGGCUGACCUUUCUGUUGCCCUUCCUGUUUUUUGGUCAUUUCUGGCAGCUCUUCAAUAGCAUCUCUCUCUUCAGAAUGUCUCAGCUCCCAGACUGUAAAGAAUGGCAGGUCUUGAUGUGUGGUCUCUGCUUCCUUAUUCUGUUCAUGGGAAACUUCUUCACCACUGUUGCCGUGGUCCGUCACAAGGUCAAGAGCAGGAAUCAGAAACCAAAGAAGCUGUAA